CUCCAACUAUCAAAGCUUGACUGUUCGGCCUGGAUAAAUAGACCUGGGCUGUAUCUAUUUAUGUUCAUCUUGUUCAGCAAAUAAAUUGUCAUUAACUAACAACAUCCGGAUUCGGAUUUACUGAUACACCGCCAGCCACCUUGCUAGGAUCGGAAUCCAAAACUGGUCACGUGUUGGGAGGCAGCUUCAUCUGGUCACAACACCCCUUGAGACCAACAAGAACAACAAGAAACAACAAUGCCGCCUCUUUCCCAAGCAGAUCAUGAAAACUCGAUAUCUUCAGCGAGCGAAAAUUCCCGAAUCGACAAUCUGCAUACUGAAGGUAGUCAUGACACCCCGUCCAACGACCCAAUUACUCCCAGCAAGCCACACAAGGCUCUUCUCCGCGGCUUUAUUACUCUGUCUGAGGCCGAAGAUGAAGAGGAUGAUAUGAGAGCAAGACUGCAAUAUGUGGAAAAGCGAGGGGAGUUUUAUACCGAAAUGAAGAAUAAGGAGGAGGACAUCAGAAGUAUUGUAGCUUCUCACUGCGGGUUGGCGAGCGCUGACUUGGUUCAUGUACCUGACAUGUUCGACGAGAAAAGAAUUCUGUGGAUACAUGGGAGCUUCAAUGUCUGUAUUCCAGUUUCUAUCAAACAGCCAGGGCGAUCCCUUCCAGCCAGGAUGGCAUUCCGGGUUCCCUUGCCGUAUAAAGUCGGUGAAGAGUUCUAUCCCGGAAAUUGCGAGGAAAAGUUACGAUCUGAGGCUGCAACAUAUAUCUGGAUCGGUGAGAAUUGCCCGGAUGUACCAAUUCCAACUCUACGAGGGUUCGGGGUUCCUGGUGGACUCAGCUUCUUCCAGUCUAAAUUCGUCACACCUUGGCAAAGGAUAAAGGCCUAUGUCUGGCGUCUUUUCCAUCGUCUAUAUGGGAGAACAAUACCCUGUGAUUACAUCCCCCAGAUGAGGACGACUUUCUUGGACUAUGGCUAUACCCUAGUUGAUUGGAUCGAGAGCGAGGAUGAGCAGAUGCUCUCUAACAUAUUCAAUCAGCCUCAUACCGAGGCACAAACGCAGAAUCUCUAUCGAGACAUGGCGAGGAUCAUCGUCUCACUUGCCAAGGUUCCACAGCCUCGAAUCGGUUCGUGGACUAUUAGCAAUGACGGCCAAUUAAGCUUGUCCAAUCGUCCCUUGUUCUGCCAUCUGCAACGACUAGAGAAUUGGAACAUUCCAAGUGGAAUAGCGCGGGAUACAACUUAUACAAGCGCUGACACUCUCCACCUGGAUUUGCUCGCUGGCCAUGACAAUCGCCUCCGGUAUCAAGGGAAUGCCGUCUUCAGUGAAGACGAUGCACGUCGUCAAGCUGUAGACUUGGUACUUAUGCGGGCGAGUCUCUCCCAGUUCACUGAUCGAUCUCUUCGCGACGGGCCAUUCGUGAUGCAUCUGACAGAUAUGCAUUCUAGUAACAUCUUCGUCGAUCAAGACUGGAAUAUCAAGCAUAUCAUCGAUCUAGAAUGGGCAUGCUCUCUACCCCUCGAGCAUCUGUUGGUUCCAUAUUGGCUAACAGGCAAGGGGGUCGAUCAACUUACUGGUCCAGAGUAUGAGCGAUUCGAGAAUUGCUACAGGCAAUUCACUAAUGCCAUUAGGCAAGAAGAGAUCAAUGCGCCGCUUUACUAUGAGGGCACGAUCUACUCUCUGGCUGCAACUAUGGAUCGCGCUUUGGAGCAGCGUCACUACUGGUACUUGAGUGCCUUGAAAUCUCCCAAGGGAUUAUUCAAUCUUUUUAGGGACCAACUGCAGUCCUUAUAUGAAGAACCGCCGCCUAAGGUGUCCCUGUGUGCAGCUGUGUCUCCUUUCUGGACGCCGGGAAUGAGUUCGUUUGUAAGUUCAAAGCUGAAAGAUUUCGCCCAGUAUAUCCAGGAAGUACGAGAUAUUUUCAAUAGUGAUAAGAGCGGGAAGGUAUAUAUACGAUAGGGAUCGAUCUGGGAUCAGAAUUCUGCAAACACCACUUGCUAUCUUCUAGUUCA